UAAUUUAAAAUAAUUAUGUUGUUUUUAUAUUUAAUAAUGAUUAUUUUAUUAUUAAUUUCAAUACUUGUAAUCUUAAAAAAGAGUGAAAAAAAAAAUUACCCGCCGGGUCCAAGAGGACUUCCAAUAAUUGGCUCUCUAUUAAAUAUUGACGCAAAAGCGCCUUAUAAAAGUUUGACAAAAUUGUCUGAAAUAUAUGGACCGAUUUUUAGUUUGAGAAUGGGGUCAGUGUAUACUGUUGUUUUAUCAGACCCGAAAUUAAUACGUACUACUUUAGCGAAGGAUGAAUUCUCUGGAAGAGCACCGCUUUAUUUAACUCACGGUAUUAUGAAUGGUUACGGAUUAAUUUGUGCUGAAGGCGAACUUUGGAAAGAGCAAAGAAAAUUUGUAUCAGCAACUUUAAAAAACUUCGGAGCAGUUAAACACAGUGUAAAAAAAGAUAUUAUGGAAAAUAAUAUUAAAAAAUUAUCAAAUGAAGCUAUACAGAAAUUAAAAGACGCAUCAUUGAAUAAUAAAAACGGAAUUGAUCCAUUAUCAAUUUUACAUCACUGUAUUGGCAAUGUUAUGAAUAAUUUAGUAUUUGGAACGGUAUACGACGAGGACGACGAAAUCUGGAAGUGGUUACGUGAUUUACAAGAAGAAGGAGUGAAACACAUCGGAGUUGCGGGGCCAUUGAAUUUCUUACCUUUUUUAAGAUAUUUAUCUCAUUAUAAACAAAUCAUGAAGUCGCUCGUUGAUGGUAAAUUGGAAACACACAAAUAUUACCAAAAAUUAAUUGAUCAAUAUAAGACAAAAAUUUUAAAUACCGAGGAUUACAAGAUCAACAGUGAUAAUUUUCUCGCUGCUUUUUAUGAUGAGAUGACCAGAAGACAGAAUAAUAAUAGUGUGGGAUCAUUUACUGAACAACAAUAUUAUCACUUAUUAGCUGACCUUUUUGGAGCUGGUACAGAUACUACUUUAACUACAAUCCGGUGGUUUUUACUUUAUAUAGCCAUUUCACCAGAAAAGCAGGAAAAAAUCUAUGAAGAAAUUAAAACAGUUUUGGAUGAUAAAGAAGAAAUAUCUUUAGAAAAUAGUUCUUCAUUAAUAUUAUUACAAGCUGCUAUUUGCGAGGUUCAGAGACUUAGAUCAGUUGUUCCUGUAGGAAUUCCACAUGGAGCGAUUAAAGAUACAAAAAUAGGAGACUAUGAUAUACCACAAGGAGCAAUGAUUAUUCCGCUGCAAUGGGCAGUACAUAUGAAUCCUAUUUACUGGGACAACCCUGAAGAAUUCAUCCCUGAAAGAUUUAUUUCUCCGGAUGGAUCUUUAAGCAAACCUCCUGCAUUUAUUCCUUUUCAAACUGGCAAACGCAUGUGUGUUGGAGAUGAACUCGCCAGGAUGGUUAUGUUUAUUUUUGUCGGUAAAAUUGUCAGAGAAUUUAAGAUUUCUAUUUCUAAUAAUGAAACUGUUGAUUUAGAUGGCCACUGCGGAAUAACUCUCGUUCCAAAGGAACAUAAACUUAUUUUCACACCUCGACAAUAAACUAAAUUUAAAGUAAA